UUUCGAGUUCUGCACUAUUUGUUGAUUUGUUUUGGUCCUGAAAAACAAACACGAGGACUCUGGAAGUUUAAAAUUUGCUUUCAAGUGCUUAAACUUUUACUUAUGCAUCUCGGUCGUCAACAUGAAUCCCGUUGGCUGUGCCGAGAAAAAGAAACCGGAUAUGUAUGGUGAGCGAAUAAUGAAAGAGAAGGCCGAGAAACAUUAUGAAGAAGGGCUUGGAGCCAUGUCGCAGUCUCACUUUGACAAGGCUGUGUCCUGUUUCUCAAAGGCCAUUCUACUCCUGCCAUAUCAGACUGAGUUUUAUGUCCAGCGAGCUGAAGCAUAUCUUCAGCUGUGUGACUUUCAGUCUGCAGCGCUAGAAUAUAAACACGCCUGCAGUCUGGAUCCCCAAACUGUGGCCUACCCUCAAAAGCUCGCCUUCAUCUACUACCUGCAGGGCCAGUGUUGUUUUGAUUUAGGCAAGUUUCUGGAGGCUCUGGAGUCUUUCACAAAAGCUGCAGAACUCAAACCAACCUUCCGACCAUAUCACAUGAGAAGUUUGGCUUGUCUGUCCGCUCUUGGCCGUUACUCUGACUGUCUUCGUUUGGUGAAUAAUUGGCUGGAGACGGAUGGUCAGGCAGCAGACCUCUUCACCCUGAGAGCUCGGCUUUACCACCGGCUCAACCAGAUGACGUUGUGCCAUCAUGACUUGAGGUCAGCACUCAGGCUCAAACCGUGCUGUCCAGAAGCACAGGCGCUGCUGAAGAGGCUUGAGGAGACAGCAGAGGAUUCCCAUCAGGCAGCUGUUGAUAAGGCACUGAAGGGAAAGCUUUCAGAUGCACUGGGGAAAAUAAACACCGCUCUGGAAUAUAACCCCAAUAAAGCACGGUACUACCUCUUUAGGGGGGUUCUGUAUCGGCGCCUGAAAGACUUCACUGCUGCCAUUGAGGACCUGAUUCUUGCUGUUGAGUUCUGUGGGGUCGAAGAAGAUCCUCCUCGAGGAGGCAUGCAGGACAGUUCAGAGGAUUUAGAGGAAGACGCUCAGACCCAGCUCGUACUCACAUACAAUGAUUUUGCCAUUCAGUGCUUCUCCCGGGGUCUGUACGGUGAAGCCAUCAUGCUGCUGAACAAGGCCAUAGAGAAACAGAGAGACGCAAGCGAGCUGUUUAUCAACAGAGGAGAUUGUUUUUUUAAGCAGUGUGAGUGGACUUUUGCACUGGCUGACUAUAAGCAAGCAGAAGAGAUGGACCCUGAAAACACAGAUAUCUGGCUACGACUUGCUGUUAUUCACAGUACACUGGGACUGCACAGCUAUAAAGACAAGAACUACCAGGAAGCAGCAGACAAGUUUUCUGUUGCUAUAAGGUACAACCCUGGUGAAGUUCAUUACUAUGAGAAACGAGCCAAAGCUUAUAGGAAAGUGGCCAAAAUGGAGGAGGCCAAGAUGGAUGCCAUCAGAGUCCUUAUCUUGGAGCCCACCAAUGAUCAGGUGGUCCCUUUGCUGUUGAGUCUGCUCCCAGGAUGCUCCUUGACAGAUAUUAUGUCCUGUGCCACUGCUCAGUCAGUCAAAACCCAGCUGAGGGCAAAGAUUCAGGCUUUCAAACUAGCAAUCUCCAAGGCAUCAAGAAUUGGCAGGAUGGCCCUUGUCAAAGAGGAGAGUCAGACACAAAAAUCCUCACAGAAGUUACAGGCUGAAGAUGGAUCAGAGCAGAUGAUGAAGCCAUGCGUCACUCAAAGAGAGGUGCAAUGCAAGCUAGUCAAGAGAAAACAACAGUUGAAUCAAGCUGUGAAAAGAGCCCUGCAGCAGAGGCAGCCCCUGCACUAUGACGGGCCCCGUCUGGCCCUUCUACACACCGUACCUGAAGAGCCUAGAGCUCAGGAACGGCCCUAUGCGUGGAGGAAAUUCGGGGGCUUCGGACUCAAUUGUUGAAGGCUCACUGGUAUGAAACCAUUGAUAGUAGUCUCAGCGACUCCGGUGAUGGAUUAAUCUAUAAUACCCCUCAUGCUUUGGGAUUUCGAUUUAAAAGAAUAUUUCAAACAUAAAAAUGUAGUCAUCUUUUAGUCCCUCUCUGAUCCUGUAUGCCAUUCUUUCUUCAAAAGAUUAUUUGAAGAACACUGGAGUCCCAGCGUUAGAGUCUGAACAUAAAAACAUUUUGUAAUACAGAUUUGGAAUGAGAUGAAUAUACGAAUUAUGUAUUAGAUUUCCUUGAAGGUUAGGGGUUGUUUUGGCAUUGUAUUUGAUUGAGUCAAUUCCUUGCUAUAGUGCUGUGAGAGUUGUUUUGUUCAUAGCAGCUGUUGCUUCUCAGAGGUCCUCAGCAGCUGGGGAAACAGCUGAGAAAGUGAGCGAGAAAAGAGAACAGUAUAAAAACACCACUGGCAGCUGAUCCCAGACUUUUAUCACAGACGUUUACACUCCCUUGCUAAUAGUGAAACACAUGUUUUCAGCCCCUAGAGGAGACAGCCCGAGAUUUUUGGGCACUGCAACAAUGGAACAAUCAGACGUCACUUUCUGACAUUUAUUGUCCUUGUGCAAAAAGAAAACAUACAUGAAAUAAAGACUUUAAUUUCUGUAACUGACCAUUUAGUCCAGUCUACUGUUAUGUAGACUGUGAAGAGGACAUUCUCUCAGCUGUGUGGUGAUUUAUAAUCUCCACUUGAUUUCCAUCUUAUCUUUGUAGACGAUGAAGUAACAUUAUACUCACAUUAGAGCUUAGUAUUUUAGAUGCUUUAUAUUGAUUUUAACACAGAUGAAAAUGAUGGAUAUGCUUACAGUCUUGACAGUGGCACAAAGUGUAUAAAGGUCCUAGAUAUGUGUCAUUUUUUUCCAGCUCACAGCUUUUAAAACUGUUUAAUGGAGUUUUUGUAUACUGACAGCUUUUUACUGUAAAUCAGGGUGGAAAAAGUACAAAAUAAAUAAUUAAUAUGCAAACGUCUUGUAGUGUA